AUGGGAUUCCGCCGGUGCUUGUUUGUUUCCAAUAUGUGUUAUACACUUUCAAAAGUUGUGUUGCUUCAUCUCGUGGUUGUUAGCUCAUCAGUUUCCUCAUUGCAGCAAUCUUGUCAUGACGAGGAGAGGUCUGCCUUGCUGCAAUUCAAGGAAAGCUUCAUCAUUAACAGAUCUGCCUCGUAUUCUGAUGAUGCUUAUCCAAAGAUUUUGCAAUGGAAACUAGCUGAGGGACGAAACGUCAGCUGCUGUGCAUGGGAUGGCAUUGUGUGUGAUGAGAGGACGGGUCAUGUUAUUGGCCUUGAUCUUAGUAGCAGCUGUCUCCUGGGCUCUAUCAACUCCAACAGCAGCCUUUUCCGGCUUGUUCAUCUUCAAGUGCUGAACCUUGCUGACAACAACUUCAAUUCCUCUCGAAUUCCUACUAGCAUUGGGAAUUUCCCUGGGCUCAUGCAUCUUAAUCUCUCUAGUUCUUCCUUUUCUGGCCAAAUCCCUUCCCAAAUUUCACAGCUGGCCAACUUGUCGUCCCUUGAUUUGUCUUCCAACGAUGGUCUAACUGGUCAUUUUCCUGAAUUUAAUACAAGCAGUCCUCUCACUUCACUGUAUCUUAGCUUCACUAGCUUAUUCGGAAAUUUGCCUUCUUCAAUCGAAAAGCUUGAUUUAUUAAACACGCUGGAAUUGGCACACUGCAAGUUCUCGGGUUUGGUUCCAUCUUCACUUGGUAAUCUUAGGCAGCUCAUACAUUUAGACCUUUCAGGAAAUAACUUUAGCGGUCCAGUCCCUAGUUCAUUGGCAAACCUCACCCAACUGAAGGAGCUCCGUCUUGAAGCGAAUGCUUUUAGUGGCUCCAUUCCCUCCGCUCUCGGUAGUCUCAACAAGCUCGAAGUCCUGUCACUUGUCCAGAAUCAUUUUAGCGGUUACAUCCCGGCUUCACUAGGAAAUCUCACCCACCUCACAGAACUUUCUUUGUUUUUUAAUCAGUUAACCGGUCCAAUUCCUUCUCUAGCAAACCUCACCCACCUCACAGAACUUUAUCUGUUUUCGAAUCAGUUAACCGGUUCAAUUCCUUCUCUAGGAAAUCUCACCCACCUCACAUACCUUUAUCUGUUUUCGAAUCAGUUAACCGGUUCAAUUCCUUCUCUAGGAAACCUCAUCCACCUCACAGCACUUGAUUUGUCUUCGAAUCAGUUAACCGGUUCAAUUCCUUCUCUAGGAAAUCUCACCCACCUCACAGGACUUUCUCUGAAUUCGAAUCAGUUAACCGGUCCAAUUCCUUCUCUAGGAAACCUCACCCACCUCACAGGACUUUCUCUGUAUUCGAAUCAGUUAACCGGUCCAAUUCCUUCUCUAGGAAACCUCAUCCACCUCACAGGACUUUCUCUGUCUUCCAAUCAGUUAACCGGUCCAAUUCCUUCUCUAGAAAAUCUCACCCACCUCACAUACCUUUAUCUGUCUUCGAAUCAGUUAACUGGUCCAUUACCUAAUUCCUUAUCCAAUCUCAUCAAUCUCGAGGUAUUUGAUGCAUCUGAUAAUAAUCUGACUGGUACAGUGGAGUUCCGCAUGAUGUUUCAUAAGUUACAAGGGCUCACCGAUUUACAAUUAUCUCGUAACAAUUUGAAAAUUUUCACAGAAACAGAAAGUACGAAUGCAAGCCUACUUCCAAAGUUAGAAUUUCUGGGAUUGAGUUCGUGCAACAUAAGAGAGUUCCCAAGUUUCCUGCAGUAUCAAGAAACAUUGUUGAUCUUGGACCUUUCCUCCAACAAUUUGCAUGAAGUACCAAAAUGGAUGUUGAACACAAGCACAGAGACUUUGGCGGAGAUGGACAUUUCUGACAACUUCCUUUCAAGCAUUGUCCAGCCUUCAGAUGCCUUUCCUUGGGUUAACCUUCUAGUUUUAGUGCUCAAGAAUAACAAUCUAAAUGGAGCAAUUUCACCGUUGAUCUGCAAUCUGACUUCUCUUCAGUUCCUUGACCUCUCCAACAACAAUAUGAGUGGAAUGCUUCCUCCCUGUCUCGGAAACUUCAGCGAUGGUCUGCUAGGUUUAUAUCUUGGAAACAACUCUUUCAGCGGCUUUCUUCCUGAAAUAUACACCAGCACAAGCAGUCUGAGGGUGAUUGAUGUUAGUCAUAACCAAUUGCGAGGGAAACUACCAAGGUCGUUGGGGAACUGCACGACACUUGAGUUUAUUGAUCUGUCAUACAAUAAAUUCAGCGAUGUUUUUCCCUUUUGGUUGGGAGCUCUUCCGGAGUUAAAAGUUUUGAAAAUGCACCAGAACGCGUUCUACGGUCUGAUGGAGGAACCUCAUCAGGACAAUGUUGAAUAUUUCCCUGAGUUACGAAUUCUGGAUCUAUCUUUUAAUAGUUUCAGAGGCAAAUUUCCAUCUCAAAAGAUCUUUUCCGGGAAUGUCAUGAGGGGUGUCCCUCGAAACCAGUCAACAUAUAUGAAGGUAGAUUCAUUUAUCGGUCAAAGUGUUAGUAAAUUAUUUGAGGAAUAUUACUCAAUCACGAUAACUAGCAAAGGUGUGGAGAGAUAUUAUCCGAAGAUUCAAUCAGCCCUUGUAGCGAUUGACAUCUCAAGCAACAAAUUUGAAGGGAGGAUUCCUGAAUUUAUUGGGAACCUAAAGGGGCUGAUGUCAUUCAAUAUAUCUGGUAACCUCCUAACUGGUCCCAUCCCAUCAUCUUUCGGGAAUUUAACGUCGCUUGAAUCACUGGACCUUUCACAAAACAAGCUUUCAGGACAAAUCCCUCAAAGCCUCGCGCAGCUUACAUUCCUUGAAGCAUUCAUUGUCUCUAACAACAGCUUGACAGGUCCAAUACCGCAUGGAACCCAACUUAUUUCAAUGGGUAGCAGUUCAUAUGAAGGAAACCCUGGAUUGUGUGGAGAUCCUUUGCCAAAGAAAUGCGGAGAUCCUAAGGCUCCUCGCCUGUCGCCUUCAAAAACCGAAGAAAAUGAUUCAGGCUCGUUUGAAUUUGAUUGGAAAUUUGUUUUGGCUGGUCUCGGAAGUGGGUUGGUGGUGGGAGUUGUUCUUUCUGAUGUGGUGAUCACAAAGAAGCGUGAAUGGUUUGUUGAGAUUGUUAAAACCAUCAAGCUGAUGAUAGGAAAUUCAUAA